AUGGCAGGCCUAGAUGAGGACACCAUAGACGACAUCCUCUACCUCGCGCGCACAAAUGAGGCAUCUGAGCUCGAUUCGUUUCUUUCCGAACUGUCAGCCAAGGCUAAGCAGUCCAAGGCCGAAUUACUGACCGCGGCCACCGAUCCGUAUUCUAAGAACAGCGCACUGCAUUAUGCUGCUGCCAAUGGCCACAAUGACGUCAUCAAAUUGAUCUUGUCGACCAGCACGGACAAGGCUCGCCCAGAGUUUCUUAAUGCCGUCAACGAAGCAGGCAACACCCCUCUUCACUGGGCAGCGCUGAAUGGCCACCUUGAAAGCGUCAAACUUCUCAUAAAUGCAGGUGCCGAUGUUACCAUUGUCAACCGAGCAGGCCACGACGCCGUGUACGAGGCGGAGAUUAACGACAAGAACGACGUAGUUGACUGGCUGCUUGGCGCCGUUGAAGAACUAGAAAAGGGCAUCGGCCAGACGGGCGAGGGGUCAGCCGAAGAGAGUGCUGACGAGGAUGUGGGCAGUGCAGGGGGCGACAAGACAUCCCCACAGCAGACGACAGAUGGAUCAGCGGUGGAGAACGCCCGGCAACAAAUGGAGCACUUGAAUACCCAGGACGAUAUGACAAAGGAUGGUUGA